AUGGACUACGUUUUCCAUGAUGACAUCAUACCGUACGUCCCACAGGAUUCUUCUCCAAUUAAGAAUCGAUAUUUUAGUGAAUUCUUGUUUUAUACUCCAGAAAAGGAUCCAUCGUAUAUUCCAACCGACCAUUUAAGACGCUGGAUUGAGGCGCGAAAGCAUGGUCUGGAAGUUACAUCAGUACACCGUGAAGUGACUGAAGGUAUUCAAACAACAGUAAUGCCUUUUUACAUGGGCCGUCAAGUAGCAGAGGAUAAAAAUAAAAAUGAUUUACGCUACUGGCGCUAUUUAAUCCGAUUAGAAAAUCUAGUGAUGGACCGUGUGCAACUCCUUGAACGCUUCUUGAAAUUUUUCCUAAUACCUGGGAAGCUCAAGUCAACCGGAGGGAAAGGAGUAGUAGGGACGCAACCCGUCCUCUCUCCAGAAUGCCCAGUCUUUCAGUAUCACAGUCAUACUCACUUCCCUGAGGAGUGGGCAUAUAUGUGGGGAACAUUUCGAUUUGAAAGAAACAGUGGUGCUAGUUUAGAUGUGAAGAUACCGGCCUUACCUCUGUGUGAUCCCACGUACUUCUCAGACUCGAAUAAAAAAUGA